AUGGUCAAACUUAAAUACGUUACUAACGAGUUUCGGUUAAAAAUAACCGACAAUGAAGGUAAUUUUGCACCUCCAACACCCUCAGACUUGGAUAAUGUGAUUCAAUUUGAUAAUGACUCUCAAAAAACCGAUGAAGAAAUCGUUGACGAAGCAAAUUUGAACCUCAACUGGCAAGAAGAACCCGAAAAUGUUAAAAAAGUAUACGAAGCACUUUCUAGAUUGCUUAAAAGAAAAUAUGGAAAUUCUUCCUCCUCAACAUCUCCUACUCCGGACAACAACAAUUUUCAAAAUAUAAUGAAUGAAUCAACUUCUCCUUCGAUUUCCAAUUCAUCAUCUCCAACUCCUGACAACAGCAAUUUGCAAUAUACGAUGAAUGAACCAGACUUGCACUCAAUUUCUUCCCCCUCGUCUCAAAAUUUUUCAUUUUGUGAUACUCCGUACAACAAUUAUUUUCAAAAUAUGAUGAUUGAAUCCAAUAAGCUUGGCUUGCAAUCAACUUCUCAUUCGAUCUCUAGUUCCUCUUUCUCCUCAACAUCUUCUCCUAAUACGGACAACAGAAAUUUGCAAUGUACGAUGAAUGAAUCAGAAACGCUCCCCUCGCUUCAAAAUUUUGCUUUUGAUUGUGAUGAUGUUUCUACUCCGUACAACGAUUGUUUUCAAAAAAUGAUGAAUGAAUCAAAUAAGCUCUGCUUGCAAUCAACUUCUCCUACUCCGGACGACAGCAAUUCUGAAUCAGAAACGCUCCCCUCGCCUCAAAAUUUUGUAUAUGGUUAUUUUCCUACUCCGUACAACAAUUUUUCUCAAAAUAUGAUCGUCAUGCAAGCGACUUCCCAUUCGAUCUCUAGUUCCUCUUUCUCCUCAACAUCAUCUACUCCAGACAACAGCAUUUUACCAGAUAUGAAUGCAACUUCACCAUCAAUUUCUCAACCUUCUCAAUUUCCAUUUUAUCCUACUCCGGAAGAUAGAAAUUUACAAUAUGAACCAGAUAUCAGUCUUGAAUCAACAUUGCCCCCUUCGAUUUCUGACUCAUCUCAACAACAUCAAUCUACAUUUUAUCCUACUCCACCUCUUUUUGAGUUUGAUGAUUAUUUGUCGAAUUCAGAAGUUGAUAGUAUGUUUCCACCAUUAGAAUUAAUUCAAUCCACGAAUACAUCACACAUCUCAGAUUUUCACCAAUCCACGAAUACAUCAAACAUCUCAGAUUUUCACCAAACGUUGUCAAAUCAAGAUCAAAUGUCAGACGACUCUGAAACUUUUUUAUCACUGAACAUCGACACCUUGUUAUUUGAAUGA